GCGGUUUUAAUGUUACCACAGCGCACUCUGUAGCUCGAGCAACAACACCGGAAGCAGUUUGACGUAAUCGUAAUAUAAACAUGGCGGCGUUGGUUGUCCCUCGCCUGGCCAUGUUUGGCUCUUUAUCAACAAGGCCCAUUACAUUUUUUGCUGGUCAACAGAAGAGUCUGCAUAGUAGUGCAAAAAAUGAGAAUGCAAGCCCAAGUGUGGUUCCAGUCAAGGACAAGAGCACAGCAGUGGCAGCAGCCAAACCAGCAUCUGUACCCAGUAGCAGGGGGGAGUAUGUUAUCACUAAGCUGGAUGACCUGGUUAACUGGGCACGCAGGAGCUCUUUGUGGCCUAUGACGUUUGGUCUGGCGUGCUGUGCAGUGGAGAUGAUGCACAUGGCAGCGCCCCGUUAUGACAUGGACCGUUUCGGAGUCGUGUUCAGAGCAAGUCCUCGACAGUCUGAUGUCAUGAUCGUGGCAGGAACACUGACCAAUAAGAUGGCUCCAGCUCUGCGGAAGGUGUAUGACCAGAUGCCUGAGCCCAGAUAUGUCAUUUCCAUGGGAAGCUGUGCUAAUGGAGGAGGCUACUACCACUACUCCUAUUCUGUCGUCAGAGGCUGCGACCGAAUCGUACCAGUGGACAUUUAUGUUCCAGGUUGUCCCCCCACCGCAGAGGCUCUCCUCUACGGGGUUUUACAGCUACAGAGGAAAAUCAAACGUGAAAAGAAGUUACGGAUCUGGUAUCGGAAGUGAAUGUGCUAUGUGUAUAUGUGGUAUGUACCGUAUGUAGAGCUGAAGGAACUAUCUUCAAUAAAAUCCUUGUUGUAAUUUACA